GCUGUCACUACUGUCGCUGCGACCACACAGGCGGCCACGACUACCGUUCCAACCACACAGGCGGCUACUACUGUCGUUCUAACCACACAGGCGGCUACUACUGUCGUUUCAACCUCUCAGGGGGCUACUACUCUCUCUCCGACGACUCAGGCUGUCACUACUGUUGCUGCGACCACACAGGCGGCUACUACUGUCGCUCCAACCACACAGGCGGCUACUACUGUCGUUCCAACCACUCAGGGAGCUACUACUGUCGUCCCAACCACUCAGGGGGCUACUACUGUCUCUCCGACGACUCAGGCUGUCACUACUGUCGCUGCGACCACACAGGCGGCCACGACUACCGUCCCAACCACACAAGCGGCUACUACUGUCGGCCCAACCACUCAGGGGGCUGCUACUGUCUCUCCGACGACUCAGGCUGUCACUACUGUCGUUCAAACCACACAGGCGGCUACUACUGUCGUUCCAACCACACAGGCGGCUACUACUGUCGUUCCAACCACUCAGGGAGCUACUACUAUCUCUCCGACGACUCAGGCUGUCACUACUGUCGUUCAAACCACACAGGCGGCUACUACUGUCGUUCCAACCACACAGGCGGCUACUACUGUCGUUCCAACCACUCAGGGAGCUACUACUGUCGUCCCAACCACUCAGGGGGCUACUACUGUCUCUCCAACGACUCAGGCUGUCACUACUGUCGCUACGACCACACAGGCGGCCACGACUACCGUUCCAACCACACAGGCGGCUACUACUGUCGUCCCAACCACUCAGGGGGCUACUACUGUCUCUCCGACGACUCAGGCUGUCACUACUGUCGCUGCGACCACACAGGCGGCUACUACUGUCGUUCCAACCACUCAGGGGGCUACUACUGUCGUUCCAACCACUCAGGGAGCUACUACUGUCGUCUCAACCACUCAGGGGGCUACUACUGUCUUUCCGACGACUCAGGCUGUCACUACUGUCGCUGCGACCACACAGGCGGCUACUACUGUCGCUCAAACCACUCAGGCGGCUACGACCACCGUCCUGACCACUCAGGCGGCUACGACCGCCGUCCUGACCACUCAGGCGGCUACCAGCGUCGUUCCGACCACUCGGGCGGCUACAACUGUCGCUGUGGCCACACAGGCUGUCACCACUGUGCCUCCGACCACUCAAGUUCCGACCACUACCCAGGCUCCCCCCUAA